AGGGAGGGGAAGGACACGUCAGCGGUCAGGGGCAUGCAAGAUAUUCAGGGCGUUCAGGUGAAUGGGCUGGAGGGUGAAGAUGAGGAUUCGCUGGUGGUCACCCACCCAACUACUAACUCACCGGCGUGUGGCUUAAGUACGGCUGAGCGGACGGGAAGCCCUGUUUUCCACACCCUAUGGUCUGUUGGGUUGUGGAAGCGUGAAAAGGCUGAGUGCACUCUAGGCAAGGUGAGAAUCAGCCUCAAGUUGCCGCAUUACCCCUUUCAGCCGAUAGUCCAAUAA